UGAGAAGGAGCGGCAAGACAACCAACAGACGGAAAGUUUGCGUCUCAUUUUAGUUUGUUUCAGCCGAGCGUCCACUUAAUUGAACUGAACGUUUACCAAAAUUACAAAAACAAAACCAACAAAGAAAAGAAAGACUAAUACUCUGACCGGGAACUUUAUUUUGGAGUUGCCUUCGGCGCUGUAGAGGUGGAUUAACUUGACGGCCAACUUCAAAGCUCGCGGCGACAUUUAACUAUUUUGAAUUUUAAUUUAAUUUAAUUUUUGGGACUUUACCUUUGAUCUUGUGAUGGAGAACCCCUUAUUGAUGACGACACUCAUGCUCAUGUUGUGUUUGCUGCCGAGGAUUUUGAAAGCUCAAGCGAGUGCACCUGAGGGAGUUCUAAACUGCUGCGAGGGAGACGUCCUUUUCCUUCUGGAUUCCUCUGGCAGCAUAUCGUCCUACGAGCACUCCCGCAUGCUCGACUUCCUGUCAGAGCUUCUGCUGCCCUUUUCCCUGGGUGAGGAUCAGGUGAAGAUUGGACUUCUACAGGUGGGAAGCCAACCACGGCUUGAGUUUGGAUUUGACACCUAUAGCACCCAAAAUGGCCUCCAGGGGGCUUUGAGGAGCAUCAAACCCCUCAGGGGGGACACCAACACCGUGGAGGCACUGAGGAUCGCAAAGGAUCAGGUACUGAAGCCAGGACCUGUGGACGGGGCCCGUGUGGGGCUCCCAAGGGUGCUGGUGUGGCUGACUGAUGGGGUGAAGCCGGGUGACGUGAUCGGACCAAUGGCUGAGCUGAAAGAGGAGGGUGUGGCGGUGCUGGUGGUCUCCACUGACCAUGGUAACUAUCAGGUGCUGAGGCAGGUUGUGUCGCCCCCUGCUGAAAACCACCUAUACUUUGUGGACAUUGAUGACAUGAGCAUCAUCUCAGAGGACCUGCGGGAUGCCAUCAUCGAGAUAAUCCGUGCCGAGCGUAUCAAUGUCCGAGACGUCUCCACCAAUGCCGCCACCCUCCAGUGGCGACCCGUUCUGUCCGGUUUGCCGGGCUACUACGAGAUACGCUUCGGCCCACGUCCAUCUGGCGGAUCAGGUGGAUCAGGAGGUGCAGGAGGCGGGACAGGGACCAGUCCAAGCACUGGUGGAAGUCAGUACCAGAGACUGGUCCAGUCUGCAGAUUCCAACUCUGUCAGGCUAACAGGCCUGAAGCCUGACACCACAUACACGGCCACCUUGACACCCGAGUCUAAUGAACAGUCUUUUAACACGCUAUCUGUCACCUUCACCACUAAUUCAGAGGUGCAGAGUCCAGCUGUGGUUACGGUCUCAGAGUCGGGGCCGACGAGUAUUCGGGUGAGCUGGGGUCCUCUACAGCCGGAGGUGGUCACAAGUUACUACAUUGAAUACUCCACCCUGCCAACUGGCAAGCUGCAAGCAAUCACAGUGGACAAGUGGCAGAACUCUACGCUGCUCAAGAACCUCCAACCAGAUAGCACCUACUUGGUCACCGUUAGCGCCCGACAUUCUUCGGGCAAGGAGAGGGCAAUGUCGGUCAAAGUCUGCACCAAGGAAGUGACUCCAGCCCUGUCCGACCUGCAGCUGACCACAGUGGACAGUCACUCCGUGCAGGUGGACUGGAGAGGCAGCGCCGAUGGAUUAAAGGGCUACUGGCUCACAUGGGAGGGACGGCAAACGAGCGCUGACCAGCGCACUUCAGUCUACUUGCCGCCAAAUUCCCUGUCGACACGACUCAGCAAUCUCCCCCCUUCUGCCAGGGUGUGCGUGUCACCCAUUUAUAGGACAGCGCGGGGAGAGGGACUGUGUUGCACGACACGGUUUACCUCAGAAGCAUCAGCGUACGGCUACCAAUCAUAGCACCAGACUGCACCUAACCAAACAUGGAGGUUAGCAAGAAGAACAAGUUGGGCUUCAUCCAUAAUUCUUCCAUGCUUCUCCGUGGCUUUGUGGAUAUGAUCCAGGAAUGAUGUGUAGCUUGGCUUGUCCUGAGCUUCUCAUGCAGAAAGCACAGACACUUUGAAAGGAGUGGUGCAGGACAAUGUGGCCGCAUGUUGUCUGCCAAAACAUGGAAAACAAGGGACUAUUUUACUUUUUAUUGCUAUUAUAGUGCCUCUGUGGUCUACAAUAUGUUUAUUAUUGAGGUGUUCAAUAUUAGAAAUACAGUAAUUUAGAACAUUUAGAGAAGGGCUGUCUUAUUGGCUCAUAUCUGCACUUUUAGAGGAUUAAGUGUAUCUGUUCAGGAGAAGUGCAUGCUGGGAAUACCCAUGAUAAUUGAUGUGGCUUGUUUUUGCAGGACAUUUUGCACCAUCUGUUGGCCCCAUGCCCAAAGUUUGGAUUUUUUUCCACAUACCACAAAAGAGAAAAUAUAACUUCUGAGUUAUCCUUAUAAUAAGUACUUAUACAUUUUAUGUUUGGCAAUUUAGGUUGGUAACGCGCAGUACAUCAAUCUUUAAACUAAGAAAACACUUUUAUGACCAAACAUGCCAGAGAUUUUGCAUUUAUUACAAAUAUCUAUAAUCGCCAUCGUUUGUAUUUAUUCUUUCGCACUCCUGUAAUCAUAAUUAACAUUAGCAUAAGUAAUGUACUUUUUGGAGACGUUUCAAAGCUAUUACUAAGUGAGUCUUUGCUGCCCCCUGCUGUCAGCAACCACACAAGCGUCUUUUCAAUUUAAAAAAAUAUGUCAACGUUUUCUGAGGAAAUGUUUUAUUUUACGUUUGUUGACCUGCUCUGCCUUGUAACUUCAGUUUGCAAUAAA